AUGGAGGAUGUCCACAACCUGUUUGGCGCAAUGGUCGCAAGUGAUCAAUCGGCGGUUGGUGUUGACUCCUUUGUCAAUAUGAUGAACGAGGUCGUUGGCAUGGAUGACAUCUCCAUCACAAUGCCAUAUGAAAGUUGCUAUGAGCAGGUUGAGUGCCUCCAUCCAAGUGGUGUGCCAAUUCAGGAGCACAUCAACUACGCCCAAGAGCUGUACAAGCAAAAGAACAAGAAGGAGCACAUGCCCUUUGUCAUGUUGCACUAUUGGGCAUUGCUCCAGCACAAUGAGAAGUGGAUAUCAAAGAACAAUGAAUCUCCACCAAAGAGGCAGAGGUCAAGCAAUUCCUCCUCUCCAGAGUUUGACGAUGAGCAAGAUGUUGAUGCUGAUGAAGAUGAUGAUAAGAGGAGGGGUACAAGUCCCACUCCAAGCUCAGCAGUGCUAAUGAGGAAGAGGACUCCAGGGAGGAAGCAAGAGAAAGAGAGGUUGGAGAGAGGAGAAGGUGCUAUCUACGAGGAGGUGCUCCAAGAGAUUAUCAUAACAAGGAAGGACAUGGAGUAUGAGAGGAAACAAGAAAAAGAAGCAAAGUGGAUGGAGCUCAAAGCCAUCAAGGAGCGCAAGGCGGCCUAUGAGGAGCGCAAGGUUGCCAUUGAGGAGAAGUUGAGGGUCUUUGGCAAGGAGGUCCUCACCAAGAAGAUGGAGCAAGAACAAAAUAUCAUAUUCAUAGACAUGAAUGGCCUUCAUGAAAAACAAAGAGCAUAUGUGGAUGCAACACGUUGGCAUAUCUUGGCAUCAAAAAUGGGCAGGAACAUAUGA